GCAGCAAUCAUCAAGCUGUUCCCUCUGACUGACGCAACUGCAAACCUCACGGCCCUGGGGACCUGGAGCACGGCGGCGGGCACAACGACGAACUGUCCUCUGCGCAGCGCUCGGCGCGGUGCCUGGCCGUCAGUGAACAGCCACCUUGCGUGCGAUCAACCUGUCACUCAGCCUCGUCAAGCAGGCGGCGGUGUUGCUGCGACGAUGGGCCUCGAGAGCGCCAGGCUGCCCCCAAACGCACGGGUGCAGUGUUUGAUGGCAGUGUCGCCAGCCAGGAUAUCGCGAGCGCCGCAAACCGUGCUCCAAACUGCGCGCAAAUAACAGCCAGCAGCGGUCUUCUGGUAGCAAUUAUUCAUAGCAAAUGAGAAGCGCGUGGGAGGCCCAAUAGGGCGUUCUCCAUUAGAAUGGCAGUGAGUGGCCAAAUUCUCGGGGGCAAGGAGGGUGUGGGCGGACCACCACCAGGCGCUGAGCCCGUCGACUCAUCCGCGCUGGGCUGUCUAUCAUCAAAACCGCCUCUCGCCCCCUCCCAAGCCCGAACCCAUCGCCAAAAUGACCCCCUCAAUCCCCAACAUCGAGCCCUCGGGGACGCAGUAGCUGCAGCACGAACAGCUCCAUCGUCACCGUCACCCGCUCUCCUCUCAACUCAGUCUUCUGUUCCGUCAUUCACGACCUUUGUCCUUUUCUUCUUCAGCCAGCAGCUUUGUCUCGGGCCUUUGCCGCCUCGACCGUGCUGCCGCCUACCCCAAGACUCAUCCGCACACAGUCAUUCACUGCGCUGGCCCUUUAAUUCCUGCGCUGGCCCCGUGCAUUUUGCUACGAACCCCCUCCGACUCCUCUCGACAGCCUUGCCGUGCAGUUGCAGCGCUUGCCUCGUUUACUCGAUCGCGACCGCCGCACCAGUCCGCCAUCACCGCCGAGCCGCAACGUCAACCCCAACCUUCACCUCGACACGUCGAUUCUUCACCCCUUUUCGUCCUCCACGUGGCCCCGCCGCAAUAAUACUCCGCUGCCUGUUCCGCCCCGCCGUGUGACUCGCCACCCGACCGUGAAGCUGCUCUUUCUGGUGACCUCCGUCAUCAACUGAACACUUCUCCCUCGACCAGCCAGCUCCACACCAUGCACCCCACGUCUCCCACUACUCCAGUCUCUCGUCGCUCAGAUAUCACGCUCUCAACCGGAAACAAGGCCUUCACCACCAUUGGAGGCGCCCGCUACUAGACUCCCGCACCCUUCGAACUCCGGC